AUGGUUCUUCUGGAGCGACGAGAUGCUCUUGAGAGAAGUGCAGGAGGGGUGUAUCUCCCAUCCGAGUCGAAGGCUAAGCAGGUGAUUGCGAAAGUCCUCGAAGUGGGACCGGGCGACAUAAAUCGCGACACAGGCGCGCGGAUUCCUGUCGACGUCGCAAUAGGCGACUGGGCGAUCAUUUCCCGACACGCGUAUGACUCGUUCAAAUACAACGGCAAGGACUGCGUCUUGGUGGAGGCUCGGGACAUUCUUGCAAAAAUUCAAACGACUACGGAGGAGCGGGAUGCCAACCCUUCCGACAUUCUUCCUCUCGGGGAUACAAUUCUCGUGAGGAUCGUGAAGCAAGCAGAGAGAACGGCAAGUGGACUGUAUCUCCACCAGCCCUCCAGUGACAGGUCCAGAGGCCAGGGAGUAAAGCGAGCGCAUGUUGUUGCUGUAGGACCGGGCCGCUACAACAAGAACGGAGAGCGCGUGCCCAAUGAUGUGGUUCCUGGUGACGAAGUUUUGUUUCCCUCGUACAGCCAAGACGAACCGGACAUGAAGUACGGUGGCGAGUCCUAUGCGUUCGUGCGAACGGCAGAUCUCCUGGCAAAGUGGUGA